AUGCGAAGUGCGCGAUUAGCGCGGGCCAGUUUGCUAAAUGGGACGAUCUACGCGCCGGCAGGUUACGACUGUGCGAGCACGAUUUGUGUGGGUGACACGUCGGCUCCACUGGGUCUGCUGACGGAGGCUGCUAACUGGGUUGCACCUCUUGUCUUCGGUCAGGCCUCAACUCAAAUACCUGGUACCUUCACUCUCACCUUCGCCAGCCCAUCUGCUGCUAGAAAAGCCGUCGAACAACUCCCGACCCUCGUAGAGGUACUCUACAAAGCACCUUGCCAGUGCCGGAUCUGCGACGCUGCCCCCUCCGUUUACGACCAACUAACCAGCUACAUAAUACGCAUUUUUAAACCCAUGGUCGUUCGUAUCUCGACGAUCGAUGAAGUCCGAGACAUGCUGGUCAAACUGAACAUCAACGAGAGAGACGUGCACAAGAGUGGUGGCCACAUAGUACUCGCUAUCGUGCAGGUACUCACGAGCUUACAGAUGAGAGAUAACUGGCUGCAAUAUUUGAGCCAGAAGAUCGAUGAAGAUUCUCCCAAAGAGGAUGUCGAUCACGAAGCAAUUGGACAGGGAUUAGAUCAAAUGAUUCGACAAAGAAGCGAUCCUCCUCGGACCUCUGGCCAAUCCGGUCGAGCGUCGGAUAAGACGCGGAAUUCUAUGGAUCGCGAGGGAGAGAAAGUACCCCGCGGCCAGUAUACUAAAGACAUGCUAGGUUCCCAAGGGUUUUUAGGGGAAGAGUAUAUUCCCGUGGAGGACGACAGCGAUGACGAGUCGGAACCACGCCGUCGAGACGUGCACGUGUGCGAUACGCUGGGUCCGAAUCCGAAGGUGAUGAUUGCACACAUGGGCACGAAGGAUUGUUCGCCCUUGUUUGGCCAGACCCCCGAUCUUCAGCCCGAUGACCAAGAUAGUUCUGGAAACGUUCAGAGCAAGUUAGACGUCGGGACCAAGCUUGACGGGACCAAGUUUGACGGGAGGACCUUCUCUACCAUUCUCGAGACUCCGAUGACUACCGCUGGUCGUGACGUUGUGACCGGUGGUCACGAGGCCACUGGCCGCGAGGUCGGUAGUCAGAUGUUGUCUUCUAGCUCUUCGUCCACGUCCUCUAUGGACGCGGAGCCGGAAAUGGAAUACGGUGAGGAGGAGGACUACAAGGACCUGUCACGACCACUCGAUCGCUGUCCCCCUGUGUAUACCGUUGUGGGUGCGCGUGUUGGUAUUGAACCUAAGAAAGGGAAGACCCGGUUCUGCGUCGCUGUGAUGACAGCCCCCAUGAAGAAGCAAGUGCUACCCACCAGCGGACUUACGCAUUUCAGCAAGUCAUGCGCUCUACGAGCGCGGGCUGCCCACUGA